GUUGUAUUGUAUUGCCUUUGGGCGAUAUAUAAGCUGUUCUAUUUUUCGCCUUUCAUGUUGAGUAUUUAGUCUCUUCCUCCAUGACGAAGACACAUACCAGCGGAAAGCGACCCAGUGCUUCGAUUAACAUCGUUGUGUACAUGAUCCUCCCGUCACGUCGUCGCGAAUAUAACUGCACUGUCAUCAUUCUUGUGAAAUCUACUUUACCAAUCGUGGCUGAACCUCUCGACCCCUUGAACGAUAUGUUGGAUACGUACCACUACGACGACGCCGAAUCAACCCAAGCCAUCAAGUCUACCGUCCGUGGAGUCUACAAUGGUUCCGAAAUCGAGGUACAAGACCAAGCUAUAAGCAUCAUGUUGGAAGCCUCUGGUUGUGAUGUUGAUCUCCUUCUUGCAUUAGCACGAAGCUUCACGGCUGCCCAGGAUGCCGGUCACAAUCAUUGUCUCAGUACCAUAUCCAGCAUCCCAGAAGAAGAUCGAUUGGGGAGGAUCACGGCUAUUAGAAAUGGCCCGACGUUCUCGACAAUAGUCACCCGCGAAAAUCUCGAGCGCGGACCUCCAAAUGUCAAGUCUUCUUCCCCAGCCAAAAAACGCGUACGCACGAAUCCAGAGGUCUACGGCUGCCCAGGUAAAGGAGGCAAAUGUACAAAGAACAAAUUCACGCUCUGGAGAUCGAGAGUCAGCUAUCUCAAGCAUUUCGUCCAAGACCACGUGGAAGAAUACAAAGUGGGCGGAUUGCUUCAGUGUCCCCAAUGCGAAGGCACCGAAUCUGCGCAUCACAAGUAUCCUGUACAAGGACAGUCGCUCGCAAGCCAUAUCUGGGAGAAGCAUCUGUCCGUUCAAACCGAACCGGGUACCGAAAUUACUGCGCUACAAUCGGAAGGUGAAGACGAGAUGGCGUAG